AUAGUUUCUGUUCAUUCUUCCAGCUUUUUCUGCAGUCUUAACAUUAAAACUCUUUACAGAUCACUCCUACUAAGAGCUGACUUCGGUGUUUGAACAGAAAUUUAGAUCAGCUCUGCAUUUAUCUAAUUUCCUCAUUUUGCCACUCACUCCUUCGAGCAGUAACCUGACCCCAGUCAGGAUGAAGCGUUUGGAGGACAGCCAAGCACACUGUCUCCCCUGCUGAGGAAUCCAGAGAUAUACUGCAUCUCUGUAGCACAGCACUGCCGGAACCAAGGUGCUGAUUUUAUUUCCAGGAACUGCUGUACUUUUUGUUUGUGGUGGUUAGGUCUUUCGACAUUUAUCAACUUGGAGAUGAAGCACAUUAAUGGAAUGAGGGAAUGCGUGAGGAGCAUGACAGAUAACUGUGUCAGGAACAUGGAGGGUACAGAACAGCCUGGAGCUGGAGACGCCUCUCACAGGCAAUGCCCAACCGCUCCUCUCUAAGCAAUGGCCUGGCAGAACACAUCCCCGUUCAGAUAUGGCUUUGACCUUGGGAGACAUUACCAGGAUCUGCAUCCGCUGGGCACGGGAGCAUCCGGCCUUGUCCUCUCUGCGGUGGACAGGCGCAGUGGCCUGCGUGUGGCGGUGAAGAAGCUGGUAAUGCGAGAUGCUGUGAGUGUAAAACAUGCUCUGAGAGAGGUGAAGAUCACCCGCCACCUUCAGCAUGAGAAUGUGGUCAGGGUGUAUGAUGUGUUGGGGCCGUCAGGUCUCCCCUUACCUCGUGACCUCACCCAUGUGCCAGCAAUAUACAUUGUGCAAGAGUGUAUGGAAACAGAUUUGGCACGGUUACUAGAGCAAGGGCCGCUGCCAGGUGAACAUGCCACCCUGCUCUUUUAUCAGCUUCUUCGUGGGCUCAAGUUCAUCCACUCGGCCAACGUGCUGCACCGUGAUCUGAAGCCAGCGAACAUCUUCCUCAACACAGAGCAACUGCUGCUGAAGAUCGGAGACUUUGGCCUAGCUCGCAUUGUCGACCCACAUUACUCACACAAGGGAUACCUAUCAGAGGGAAUGGUAACGAAAUGGUAUCGUUCUCCACGACUGCUGCUCUCACCUAAUAACUACACAAAAGCAAUUGACAUGUGGGCUGCAGGCUGUAUUCUGGCUGAGAUGCUCACAGGACGCAUGCUGUUUGCAGGUGCUCAUGAGCUGGAGCAGAUGCAGCUGAUUUUGGACACUGUGCCUGUGAUUAGGGAGGAAGACAGGCAAGAACUGCUACGGGUCAUGCCUUCUUUUGUCAUCCAAGGCUGGGAGGUCAGAAGGUCACUCAGAGACCUGCUGCCAGAGGUGGAGGAGAAAGGCAUUGAUGUCCUGGAGUGUAUCCUCACAUUUAAUCCUAUGGACCGGCUGACGGCAGAAGCAGCUCUGUCUCAUCCAUACCUGCAGAGAUACUCGUGUCCUCAGGACGAGCCAGUCUCUCUGCAGCCGUUCCGCAUAGAGGACGAGCUAGAGGACAGUUUGGCCACGGAGCACGCUCAUGCACUCAGCUCCCACUGGGACAGGUUUAAUGGGAGUCUAUCAUCAGAUGUGUAUUGGCAGCAGCAGGAGCAGUGUGGGUGCAUGCAGAGCGUCUCGGAGCUUGGAGAGGUUGAAGAGGAUGAAGUUCAAAGAGAUCCACGAGCAAGUGGCUCUGUGUCCCUCAUCGAGGAGGCCCAGGUAGAUCCUCGCAAAUACUCCCACAGCAGCUCUGCCGAGCGUUUCCUGGAGCAGUCCUCUCUGGACCGGGUCUGUGGUCACUUAACGGAGCUAGACUGCUGUCGUUCCUGCGAUUACAAGGUGGGCUCUCCCUCCUACUUGGAUAAGAUUGCAUGGCGGGAGGGGAAGCCACAGCACUACUCUGAACCAAAGCUAAUACUGGACCUUUCUCACUGGAGACAUAACAGCAGGUCGGCUCCAAGAAGGGGCAGUAUGGAAAAGCUUGUUCCCGAGCCUGGAGAUUUAUUCAAGGAGAUCUCCCGUUGGGUGGAGAGCACACAGUCAGGGCUCCACUCUCCUGGUUCUCCUCAUGAACCUCUCACCUCACCAUGUUCUCCUCCUCAUCCCCUCUCCCCUACAAUGCUGCCUCAUCCUCACAUGCAAAUCCAAGCACCUUUACUAAUGUCCACUCCUGUCCAUCUACAUGAAGACAUUAGAAGAAGUCCUACCCCUUUCUUGUCCUCUCCUCCUUCUCUUUUGCCCUCAUCCCCUUCGUCUCCUCAUCACAGUUUAUCUGAAUAUCCAUCUUCCUCUGUUUGUUGUGAAAUUGACGUGGAGCCUUCACAGAUGAGCCCCUCAAGAGAGGAACAUUUUGACCUGGAUGUGUUCAUCGCUCAAGCUCUUACAUUUUGUAGUCAGAGUGAGGUACUAGGGGAGAACUCUAAUGCUCCCAAACAGAGCAAUAAAAGCUGUGUUCAUAAUGUCUCGGACAACAGUGCUUCCAAAACACAAACUCCAACCCCUGAGAUGGUUAAAGCUCAAGGGUGUAUUAAAGAGCACUGGUUUUGAAUGAUUCUGCAUCUUUGAGCACUUUUCCACCAUCGAGCCAAACAGUUCUGCACACGGUGAGUAACAGUCCCCUUAGCAUUUCCACUUAAACACUGUUCGGAACGGUACGAUUGUAAACUGUUCCCAAGUCGAAUUUAUAAACAUGGUUGGCCAAGUGGAUUCAAGAGAGAACCGUACUGGUGCAACGGGUUCAGUGACAUGGCAACUCACAACUGGUCACUUUCUCUAUUCUAAUCCUGAUUUUGCAGCACCAUAAUUUAAAAAGAAACCGCAAACGAGCCGGGAUUGGUAUGGAAUGACAUGUUUCCCCAUUGGCCUGAUGGUGGAAUAGCACCACGAUUAGUGCAACUUAUUUAAAUUGCCAUGAAUGAAUGUGUCUACUUUUGGGGACCAGAGAGUUUUGAUAAUGUUGUUCUAUUACACAAAUCUGAGAUUCUGUAAUUCAUCAGAAUACGAUAUAAAGUCUGCAUUUACCUCCGAGGUGUAUUACCUGGGGAAAAUAUCUGAAAUUUCAAAUUUUCAAGCAAAUAAUGUAAUUAAGUGGCUGUUUUAUUGAAUGUGACUAAAAGCAUUUUAUGAAAAUGUAUUCCUUGUGCAACACCAGGGAAUGCUUUGUCUGUUUGGUGAUAAUAAAGCGCAACAGUUUAGUUCCAGAAGUGAAAAUCCCAUUCAUUUUUUCUAUAGAAUAGUUAAUUUUUAUAGAUAACUUACAAAUCUUUAAAGACAGACCAACCAUGAGCUCAAAGGUUGUUCAUCGAUAUUAUAUGCUUGUGUUGAAGCCAUCAG